AAUUGUACGGAAUAUGUACUGUACUGUACAAUCUACUAAUAAAAGUUCCAAUCAAUCAAUCAAAAGUGUGAAGGAAAAAAGACCCUUUUUUUUAUUUCAACCGUAAAGACUGACUGCACAGUUCCUGUCUUCACAAUAAAAGUCCCGCUCCAUCGCGCCUGCGCUUUCAAAAUAAGAGUCUCCGAAAGCCAGCGCAAACAAGCUAGCAAGCUACGGAGUUUGCCGCCAAUGUAUUUCUUGUAAAGGGUAUAAAAACGAAUAUGGAAGCUGGACAAAUAAGAUGCCAAAUAACAACCACUUUCAUGUGGUAUUAGACAGAAAGGAGGAACUUUUUUUCUCCUCCAUUUGAAAACGUGGACGUUACCAGCACUGCUUCCUGAUUACAAUCAAUGCAAGUCAUCAGAAUCAGCUCCCGCCUGCAGAGAACAUGGUGGCCUGUGUGCUCACCUCACCACAACAUGUUCAACCUGAUGAGCAACUGCUGCACCUGGUUCUCCAAGUUCCAGGAACCAAUCAGGCCGGUGACCCUUCUGGUGGUGGGUCUGGACAAGGCGGGAAAGACCUCCUCCAUCCGAGGGAUGCUCAGAGUCCCCCACGCCGUGGAAUGUGGCCCCACCCAGGGCUGCGUGAGGAACCAGACCAGGGUGGAGAACUACCUGGUCACCCUGCUGGAUGUUGGGGGGUCAGCGGGGGUUUGGGGAGACUUUUAUGGAGAAGCGCACGGGAUCAUCUUCGUGGUGGACUCCAGUGACCGUCCCAGGAUGAAGGAGGUCAAGGAGGUCCUGACUGACCUCCUCAAGCAACCCAGAGUGGCAGGGAAACCCAUCCUUGUCUUGGCGAACAAACAAGACAAAAUGAAGGCCCUGCUGGGAAGUGAUCUGACUGAGAUGUUGUCCUUGGAGAAGCUGGUCAACCAGAGCCGCUGCCUGUGCCACAUAGAGCCCUGUUCAGCCUUAAUGGACAUCCGGCGCCGGUCGGACAGGAAGACUCUACGAGGUCUUCGCUGGCUGCUGAGAGCCGUGUGCCUGGACUACCUGCAGCUGAGCACCCGCGUGGUCCAGGACAGCAAGAGUCCCUUGGGGCCCCCAGAGAGGACGGCCAGCAAAAACAAGAGGGAGCGCCUGCGAGGAAGCCAGUGUGACAUGAAGUCCAAGGACAACAAGGACAAGGACAUGAAGUCCAAGGACCACAAGGACAAGGACAACAAGGACAAGGACAUGAAGUCCAAAGACAAAGCCAAGAGGAGCAAAGGAGAAAUGCUGCAAAAGGAGCAGACGCUGAAGAAGAAGAUGAAGAAAUCCGCCAGGAGGAAGAAGAGUUUGGUUGAAGCUAAUGAAGACAAGGACAAGGAGCAGGAGGAAGAGGAGGAGGAAGAGGAGGAUCUUCUCCCACCCAGUAGCAAAAGCAGACCUAAAGGCAAGACCAAAGUCAAUGAGGAGACCCUGGAGGUGCCUGAAUGGACACAUGAGGACGACGAGCCGCUCAGAGCUGACGGCAGGAGGAGCAAGAAGAAGAAGAAGAAGAAGAAGAAGAAGGUGAAGAAGAGGAGCAACAACAAGAUCAACACAGAAGAAAUGUCUCAUCAUGUCCACCUUCCUGCAACACUUGAUCUGUACAGAAAAGCCAUUCUGGCGCUGAAGGAGCGUCAGGCUGAGAGACAAUGAUGGAGAAGAAGUAUGUUCCUGACAUGUAGCGAAGGUAUUAUUUUAUUUCAAUCAAUCAAUCAAUCAAUGUUUAUUUAUAUAGCCCUAAAUCACAAGUGUCUCAAAGGGCUGCACAAGCCACAACGACAUCCUCGGUACAGAGCCCACAUAAGGGCAAGGAAAAACUCACCCCAGUGGGACGUCGAUGUGAAUGACUAUGAGAAACCUUGGAGAGGACCGCAUAUGUGGGUAACCCCCCCCCCUCUAGGGGAGACCGAAAGCAAUGGAUGUCGAGUGGGUCUGACAUAAUAUUGUGAGAGUCCAGUCCAUAGUGGAUCCAACAUAAUAGUAAGAGUCCAGUCCAUAGUGGGGCCAGCAGGACACCAUCCCGAGCGGAGACGGGUCAGCAGCGCAGAGAUGUUCCCAGCCGAUGCACAGGCGAGCGGUCCACCCCGGGUCCCGACUCUGGACAGCCAGCACUUCAUCCAUGGCCACCGGACAGCGCUUAGAUCAAGAAGCAGCAACAUAGAUGACAUCCAUGGUUAGCAGUAGAUCAUUAGUCAUUUUUGCGAGGGCUGUCUCCGUAGAGUGAUUUGCCCUGAAACCGGAUUGAAAAGGUUCACAGAGAUUGUUAGACACUAAGUGUUCAUUUAGCUGCUGUGCGACAAUUUUUUCGAGGAUUUUCGAAAUAAAGGGAAGGUGGGACACCGGUCGGUAGUUUACCAUGAGGUCAGGAUCGAGGUUAGGUCUUUUGAGCAGAGGAUGAAUAACCGCUUUCUUGAAUGCUAGGGGAACAGUGCCAGAGGAAAGUGAUAAGUUUAUAAUAUUUAGCACUGAUGGACCUAAUAAUACAAAAAGCUCCUUGAUAAGUUUCCCAGGAAGUGGGUCAAGUAAACAUGUUGUUUGUUUUAUCCCACUUACACACCGUAAUAGUUCCUCUAAUGUUAUUUCAUCAAAAAGAGAGAGACUAUUUUGUAUUGCAGUAUCCGUCGUAGAUACAGUUGUAUCUGUGUUAAUAGAACCCAGUUGUAGCUGGGAUGCGUUGUCUUUAAUCUCCUUUCUAAUGAGUUCAAUUUUCUUAUUAAAGAAAUUCAUAAAGUCAUCUGCCGAGUGGGUGGAGCUAUUGGGAGGAGUCCCUUGUUGGGUUAGCGAUGCUACUGUACUAAACACAAAUUUAGGGUCGUUUUUGUUGAGGCGGAUGAGAUUUGAGUAAUAUUUAGCUUUAGCUAAGGUAAGCAUGCGUUUAUACGAUAUUAAACUAUCACUCCAUGCUUGAUGGAAAACCUCAAGCUUGGUCGCGCGCCAUUUGCGUUCCAACUUUCUACAUGAUAAUUUAUGAGCUCUGGUUUCUUCUGUAAACCAUGGGGUGCGCCUUAUAGGGGCCCUUUUUUGUUUUAGCGGUGCUAUGCUAUCAAUGGUGUCGCGCAGGGCGUCGUUAAAGUUGUUAGUUAGGUUAUCAAUAGAGCCGACAUAAUUUGGGAAUGGUGCCAUUACCGAAGGCAGUAGGUCAGCAAGAGUCAUCGUUGUGGCAGCGUUAAUGUUGCGGCUGCUAUAGCAGUUAUUAUUAUUAUUAGUUUGUUGACAAUGAGUCAGAACUUCGAAUUUUAUAAGGUAAUGAUGAUUUAAUGACAAUGAUGGAGAAGAAGUAUGUUCCUGACAUGUAGCGAAGGUAUUAUUUUAUUAUUUCAUGAUCAACAAAGUCAUAUUUGUUGUUAUUUUCCCCUUUUUUUUCUGAGACUAUUUCAACACAUCCUUACAAUGCACUUAAGUCAACAUUUGAAAUUGUAUGAUUAAGCCCUUUUUUUGCCACCUUUUUCCUCAAUGUACUGAUAGUUACUAGUUACUAGUUACUAGUAAUGAGUUGUCUUUAAAUGCAUGACACUACUUUGUAAAUAAAAGCAUGUUAUUAUUGAUUGAAUAGAUUCAGGCCUGAUCUUCACCUUGACCCUAAAAUAUUUCCUGUAUGGACGUUAACUCUUUUUCUGUAUUGUUUUUCAAA